AUGUUGAUAGGAUUUCUCCUAGUUUGUGUGGUAACACGGGCAGAAUGCGCCCAAAACCUGAAGGACGCGGGCUGCGAGACCUGCACAGAGGCGGGCCCCAGCCAGACGUGCCUCACCUGUAGCGGUGGCCAGAAGGUGCUCCUCGACGGGAAGAGCUGCGGGGCCAAUUGCCCGCCGAACUCUGUGGCCAGCCCGAACGUCUGCGAGUGCGACCAGGGAUUCAGCCUGAACAGCGGGAAGGACGGCUGCGUGGCGGCCUCUAACACGGAAUGCGCCCAAAACCUGAAGGACGCGGGCUGCGAGACCUGCACAGAGGCGGGCCCCAGCCAGACGUGCCUCACCUGUAGCGGUGGCCAGAAGGUGCUCCUCGACGGGAAGAGCUGCGGGGCCAAUUGCCCGCCGAACUCUGCGGCCAGCCCGAACGUCUGCGAGUGCGACCAGGGAUUCAGCCUGAACAGCGGGAAGGACGGCUGCGUGGCGGCCUCUAACACGGAAUGCGCCCAAAACCUGAAGGACGCGGGCUGCGAGACCUGCACAGAGGCGGGCCCCAGCCAGACGUGCCUCACCUGUAGCGGUGGCCAGAAGGUGCUCCUCGACGGGAAGAGCUGCGGGGCCAAUUGCCCGCCGAACUCUGCGGCCAGCCCGAACGUCUGCGAGUGCGACCAGGGAUUCAGCCUGAACAGCGGGAAGGACGGCUGCGUGGCGGCCUCUAACACGGAAUGCGCCCAAAACCUGAAGGACGCGGGCUGCGAGACCUGCACAGAGGCGGGCCCCAGCCAGACGUGCCUCACCUGUAGCGGUGGCCAGAAGGUGCUCCUCGACGGGAAGAGCUGCGGGGCCAAUUGCCCGCCGAACUCUGCGGCCAGCCCGAACGUCUGCGAGUGCGACCAGGGAUUCAGCCUGAACAGCGGGAAGGACGGCUGCGUGGCGGCCUCUAACACGGAAUGCGCCCAAAACCUGAAGGACGCGGGCUGCGAGACCUGCACAGAGGCGGGCCCCAGCCAGACGUGCCUCACCUGUAGCGGUGGCCAGAAGGUGCUCCUCGACGGGAAGAGCUGCGGGGCCAAUUGCCCGCCGAACUCUGCGGCCAGCCCGAACGUCUGCGAGUGCGACCAGGGAUUCAGCCUGAACAGCGGGAAGGACGGCUGCGUGGCGGCCUCUAACACGGAAUGCGCCCAAAACCUGAAGGACGCGGGCUGCGAGACCUGCACAGAGGCGGGCCCCAGCCAGACGUGCCUCACCUGUAGCGGUGGCCAGAAGGUGCUCCUCGACGGGAAGAGCUGCGGGGCCAAUUGCCCGCCGAACUCUGCGGCCAGCCCGAACGUCUGCGAGUGCGACCAGGGAUUCAGCCUGAACAGCGGGAAGGACGGCUGCGUGGCGGCCUCUAACACGGAAUGCGCCCAAAACCUGAAGGACGCGGGCUGCGAGACCUGCACAGAGGCGGGCCCCAGCCAGACGUGCCUCACCUGUAGCGGUGGCCAGAAGGUGCUCCUCGACGGGAAGAGCUGCGGGGCCAAUUGCCCGCCGAACUCUGCGGCCAGCCCGAACGUCUGCGAGUGCGACCAGGGAUUCAGCCUGAACAGCGGGAAGGACGGCUGCGUGGCGGCCUCUAACACGGAAUGCGCCCAAAACCUGAAGGACGCGGGCUGCGAGACCUGCACAGAGGCGGGCCCCAGCCAGACGUGCCUCACCUGUAGCGGUGGCCAGAAGGUGCUCCUCGACGGGAAGAGCUGCGGGGCCAAUUGCCCGCCGAACUCUGCGGCCAGCCCGAACGUCUGCGAGUGCGACCAGGGAUUCAGCCUGAACAGCGGGAAGGACGGCUGCGUGGCGGCCUCUAACACGGAAUGCGCCCAAAACCUGAAGGACGCGGGCUGCGAGACCUGCACAGAGGCGGGCCCCAGCCAGACGUGCCUCACCUGUAGCGGUGGCCAGAAGGUGCUCCUCGACGGGAAGAGCUGCGGGGCCAAUUGCCCGCCGAACUCUGCGGCCAGCCCGAACGUCUGCGAGUGCGACCAGGGAUUCAGCCUGAACAGCGGGAAGGACGGCUGCGUGGCGGCCUCUAACACGGAAUGCGCCCAAAACCUGAAGGACGCGGGCUGCGAGACCUGCACAGAGGCGGGCCCCAGCCAGACGUGCCUCACCUGUAGCGGUGGCCAGAAGGUGCUCCUCGACGGGAAGAGCUGCGGGGCCAAUUGCCCGCCGAACUCUGCGGCCAGCCCGAACGUCUGCGAGUGCGACCAGGGAUUCAGCCUGAACAGCGGGAAGGACGGCUGCGUGGCGGCCUCUAACACGGAAUGCGCCCAAAACCUGAAGGACGCGGGCUGCGAGACCUGCACAGAGGCGGGCCCCAGCCAGACGUGCCUCACCUGUAGCGGUGGCCAGAAGGUGCUCCUCGACGGGAAGAGCUGCGGGGCCAAUUGCCCGCCGAACUCUGCGGCCAGCCCGAACGUCUGCGAGUGCGACCAGGGAUUCAGCCUGAACAGCGGGAAGGACGGCUGCGUGGCGGCCUCUAACACGGAAUGCGCCCAAAACCUGAAGGACGCGGGCUGCGAGACCUGCACAGAGGCGGGCCCCAGCCAGACGUGCCUCACCUGUAGCGGUGGCCAGAAGGUGCUCCUCGACGGGAAGAGCUGCGGGGCCAAUUGCCCGCCGAACUCUGCGGCCAGCCCGAACGUCUGCGAGUGCGACCAGGGAUACACGCUCAACGCCGGAAAGACCGCGUGCGAGAAGGCCUCUAACACACAGUGUAAUACUCCCAACUGCAAGAUCUGUGAUAACCCCAAAACAGACAACGAAAUCUGCACUGAAUGUAAUGAUAACAAUUACCUCACCCCGACAAAGCAGUGCACGCAGAGCUGCGGAGCAAUAGGAAGCUACUACAACGGAGACAAAGUGUGCGAGCCUUGUGAUUCUAGCUGUGCUGCGUGCACCACAACGGGACCAGCGAAGUGCACGCUGUGUCCUCCCGGGAAGAGGCUCCAGUACACCAAUGAUGAUCCUAGUCAAGGUGGAUCCUGCGUAGAUGAGUGCAAGCCCCAGAGUGGAGCUAGCGGAUGCGAGACCUGCGGAGCCACCAUCGGAGGGACAAAGUAUUGCUCGAAGUGCAGCACAUCCACGGAGGUCCCCGUCAACGGAGUCUGUACAGCAGACAAUGCCCGCGCGCCCGUAUGCUCGAAAAAGGACAAUCAGGGAGGGUGCACUACGUGUGCCAGUGGGUACUUCCUCCAAGACGGCGGUUGCUAUAAGACUGACAGACAGCCCGGUGAGCAGAUAUGCACACUAGCUGAUAGCAAUGGUGGAUGUCAGACGUGCGCCAAUAGUCUUCAGCCUAAUAAUGGAGCAUGCCCUUCGUGUCACUCGACAUGCAAGACAUGUCGUGAUGCUAAUUCUGCAAAUACUUGUACAACGUGUGCAACUGGGUACUACAUGGUUGGAUUAAAUGCUGGGCCAUGCACUUCGUGUGACAGCAACAGUGGAAGUGUCAAGGGAGUUGCUGGCUGCAUGAGCUGCGCUCCUCCAUCUAGCAAUACUGGCUCCGUCCUCUGCUAUCUCAUAAAGGAUACCGGUAGCACGAACAAGAGCGGCCUUUCUACCGGCGCCAUCGCGGGGAUCUCCGUGGCUGUCAUCGUCGUUGUGGGGGGCCUUGUGGGCUUCCUCUGCUGGUGGUUCCUGUGUAGGGGGAAGGCGUGA